CCAUCUCGUUGCGUUCUGUCCUGUCCCUUGCUCUCUCGCAUCAAGCAUAUACACGGUCAUCUGCUUUCUGUCUCGGCGCAGCAACAACCAGAAACCAACUCCAAGACACUUCCAAAGCUCACAGAAGCAACCAUCCCAUGCACGACAAAUAACCCUUCUUUGAUCUCAUUUCUUCGAUCCCUUACAGGCGACAUGGCGGCCCGUCACACCGUCCAGUCUUUCACCGGCCACGCACUCACCAGAAGCCAAUUCAUGGCUAACCUGCGGCUUUCCCGUCCCCGGGCGGCCGUGGAGCCUUGUGAAGUGCAGGCGUGCCUCAAGUGCGGUGAUUCCUCGUUCCUCCGGACAUUGCAUGGUCACCUAAUCUGCCCAAGAUGCCUUGAGCGCCAUUUCGAGGGCGAUGGGAGCGUUGUACGCACGAACUGGUGCCUUUGCUGUGGUGAGGAGGUGUUUGAGGAGGGUGAGGAGAGCUCGGAGGAGGAGAUGGAGCUUGAGGAGGAUGGCGGGGAUGGGAUGGAGAUCGAGGACGAUGAGGAUGAUGUGGAGGGCGAGCAGAUGGAUGCGGAGGAUGCUCUGUUGGGCGCAGUCGACGGUGAGAACGAUGGUGACGAAAGACUUACCAAGUUCCAGUUCCUCGAGAUCCUGUGCAAUUCACAGGCGGAGAUCACCGCAGAGGGCACAGUCUGCGGUAUCUGCAUGGAGGAGCACACGGUCGGGACGAUGGCCAACUUCGUCAAUGCCUGUGGCCGGCAUAGCUUCGACGGCAACUGCAUCCGGUCCUGGGCUGUCGACCACAACAGCUGCCCGAGUUGCAGGGCCAAGCUGUACAGACGCCAGGGUUACGGUUGGGCCGAGGACGCCAAUGGCCGCCCUGCAAUGUACCAGAUGGAUUUGCAGAACGUCGCCACUCUCCGCGGCAUCGACGCCUACCUUAGCAAGGCGUACGGGAAGGGAUAUUGGGAGUCCGGGCCGUCGGAUGAGUGUAACGGCCUCCUUGCGCACCUGCUCGCUCAGCGGGCGACUCGUUUCUGCGCCGGCGAGCUGGAAGUCAAUUCGGCGAACGACUUUGUGCAGUACCAGCCGCAGGCGAGCCAGUUGGAGCUGCUAACCUCCGACUGUGUGUUCAUCGUCGACAACGAUGAACUCAAGAGGAGCACAGUUCACCGUUUCUUCGCUGGCUUAAGCGCUGCGCUCGAGGACCGCUCGGCAGACGACAGCCCCAUGGUCGCGCAUCCGCUGGCCUUCGCAGCCAUAUUGCAGGUGUGGCACGUCAUCCGGGCCAACAAGGGACGGCGACUAUCGGCUGCCGCGCUUGAGAAGCUGCUCUGCGAACAUCUGCAGAGCUGCGGUGAGCUCUACGAUCUCUCUGCGCGAUCUUCGCCGAUCGGACGGGACUCGCGGUUCCCUCACCUGAUGGUGCCUGAAGAGGACAUCAGGUCAGAUGCACUGCCCGUUGGCUUUGAUGCCUGGGUCAGAGACCUGGUCUGGGGCGUUGUGAGGGACUUUGUUGGCGAGGAGGUGUGGACAGACCGAACGCAGUGGCGUUCGAAGCGACGGGAGGAGUUUUGGCACAGUCCGUAGUGGCACCGCUCCCAGAGCGAUAGAUCUGAGAUGAACUGCUGCAAGGGUGACGGAGCAGGUGCAUGGGUAUCGAAGUUGAGAUGCUCUUACCGUUUGUGCUCGCUCUCGAGACUAUCGAGACUGCUUGAGCUAUUUAUGUUGGCCUCCGGAUGUUUUUAAGCACGACGUUGGCUUUGGGAUAGGCUAGAA